AUGUCCCUCCACGUGGCAGAUGUCGCAAUAACGUGUUGGAGCGACAUCCGGGCAACCUUCGGUCUUGUAGUGAAUGGCAGCGGCGAUCCAGACGUCUGUCCGCGACGUGGUUUUGUCCAUGAUUGCAUAGAACAUGUCGACCACGUCUUUGGUGGAGAUGUAGCGGCUCAGCGUGGGAGAGAAGUAGUGACCGGAGAAAACAGGCUCGCAUUCAUUUCGUGUGACAUCCUUCUUCGUCCUAGUCCGUUUUCCACGGGUCAAGUAUGCUAUCAAGUAGCGAUGGAGGGUGACCUGGCGGCUUAA